AUGAUUUUUCCCAAUAAUUCUCAUCUCUUUCCACACACUUUCUUCUUGGCUGGCAUCCCAGGGCUGGCUGCGGCUCACAUUUGGAUCUCACUCCCUUUUUGCUUCAUGUUCUUGCUGGCAGUGCUGGGGAAUGGGAUCCUCCUUCUUCUCAUUCGGACAGAGCGGAGUCUACACCAACCCAUGUUUUUCUUUCUCGCCAUGCUCUCCUUUGUCGACCUGGUUCUUUCCCUCUCUACUCUGCCUAAGAUGCUGGCCAUUUUCUGGUUUGGGGCUACAGCCAUCAGUUCCCACUCUUGCCUUUCACAGAUGUUCUUCAUCCACGCAUUCUCUGCCAUGGAAUCAGGGGUGUUGGUGGCCAUGGCUCUGGAUCGCUUUGUGGCCAUUUGUAAUCCUUUGCGCUAUGCAAUCAUCCUCACCCCAGUGGUUGUCACCAAGAUCGGCGGCCUGGUGAUGCUGCGGGGUGUGGGGUUGACCAUCUCCUUUCCAAGUCUGGCCCAUCGGCUCUCUUAUUGUGGUUCACACACUAUUGCCUACACCUACUGCGAGCAUAUGGCUGUGGUGAAGCUGGCCUGCGGUGCCACCACCGUGGACAACCUCUACGCCUUUGCUGUGGCAAUAUUUCUUGGCGUGGGGGACGUGGCUUUUAUUGCUUACUCCUAUGGGCAGAUUGUGAGAACGGUGAUGCGUUUUCCUUCACCAGAAGCACGUGCCAAAGCAGGAAGCACGUGCACAGCCCAUGUGUGUGUCAUUCUCUUCUUUUAUGGACCUGGCUUUCUCUCUGUGGUCAUGCAGCGGUUUGGGCCACCUGCAGCCUCUGCUGCCAAAGUCAUCCUGGCCAAUCUUUACUUGCUCUUUCCACCUGCCCUGGACCCUAUUGUCUAUGGAGUCAAGACCAAGCAGAUACGGGAGCGGCUUUUCACUAUUCUAAGCUUCAAUCGAAUUGACUCCACUUGA